AGCCCUGUCUUCAAAGUAAGUUGUUUUCAUUAUAAGCUAGCUGCCAGAGUCAACCAUCAUUAGGUCAUCCCGGAAAAUGAUUCUCAAUUCAGCCCGAACCAAGUCCGAGAGUUCAACGAGGAAAGCACAUGGUCCAACAAUUCCACGUGUGGAAUGCCAGAACGGCCCCUUCGGCCGGUGUGAAGGGCUACAUGAGCUACCAGCAAGGGAGUACUAGGUACAGCACAAUGCACACUAGAUGGGAAAGCACAGAUGUAUCAACUACCGUCUAGUGCAAGUUGUGGUGCAUGGGGCGGCCCACCGUGACGUUUACCAUUCAGCAUCCCCCCACCAUACCCCCUCCCCCUCCUUAUCGUGCAGCUCUUCAGGAAUCGGUCUACCCACCCAUCUAGGAUUGCGGAUGGGUCACGUAAAUGCAGUCGCUCACUCAGCUCUAGUCAAGCUGAUUCCGCAAUCCGGGGGUCUCCUGCUAAUGAUUGCCGUGCCACGCGGAAGUCGACCUCCACUACAGUUUGACAUGCUGACAACGUCUCACUUCAGGAAGACAAUUGGCCUUGUACUGCGGUACAGUGAAAUCGCGCCUUUCUUCAGGAUGUUGAUCUAAAAAUCCUUUACCUUUCACAAGUACCUCAAGACAGAGGGAUUGACAGGUGACUCACCCACCU